CAGUGCCUCUGGCCGGCUCCCCCCUCCCCAGCCCACUGGGGCUGGUUCCCCCGAGCCCUGCCCCAGCCCCACCCAUGGCUUGCGCCUCAUACCCACUGUCGCUCGGCGAGGCCGACGCCCACUGGACCCUCAUCAAAGACAAGGUGAUCGAGGAGUGCUUCGGCCCGGCCGUGGUGCCCGUGCCCUUCCUGGAGGACGCCGCCGGCGGCUACGACCUUCUGGGCGUCCUGGUCAAGCAGCCGCUCCCGCCAAGCGGCCGCCUGCUCCGCCGGGGCCGCCGCCGCCGCCGCCUGCUGCCCGUCGGGGCUCUGCCGGGGCUGCUGGCGCCGGGUGGGGACGAGGGCUCGCCCCGGGGCGGCGGUUGGGGCGGCGGCGGCCCCGGCCGGGCCUUCGCCCACUGCACGCGGGAGGCCAGCCCCAAGGGCCGGGCGGAGGCGGGCUACGAGGAGACGCGCCUGGUGGACGGGGAGCCGUGCCGCAUCAGCCUGCAGCUGGGCGGGCUGCACCGCAAGGCCGCCUUCCUGCUGCUGCGGCCCGGUCAGCUGGCGCUGCGGCCCGGCCCGGCCUGGCUGCGGGGGCUGCGGAGCCUCUACCUCAUCCACGAGGUCUUCUGCUGCUCCUGGCUGCGGCUCAGCUGGGCGCCCGCCGCCCGCCCGCCGGGUCACCUGCGCCUGCAGCGCGCCUUGCCGCUGGCCUUCUCCUGCCUCAAGUUCGCACUGGGCCCCCGGGGCGCGCUGGGUCCGCAGAAGGUCCUGGAGGACGGGGCCCUGCGCGGGGCCACCUGGCUCCGGUUGGGGUCGGCCGCCCCGGACCCCGACCCCGGGACCUCGCCCCCCGGCGGGGCCGCCCCGCCCGCCUCUCCCGGCCCCGGGCCCUCGGAGAAGCCCUUCGCCAGGCUCGCCUACAAAGGCCGCAACCCCUUCCGGAGAGCCCCCCGCCAGCUGUCGGAGAGCUGGCCUUUCAGCAGCGGCCGGGGCUCCCAGGCCAGAAUCCCCAGCGGCAGUCCCACGGACCCCGACCGCCACUCCAUGUCGCUGCCUCUGCUGCAGGGCCUGUCCGCUGACUUGGACAGCGACGACUGAGGGGGCCCUCAGACGGCUGGGAGGGACGGGGGCGGGACACGGGGGCGGGACGGGGUGCAGAUC